AUGGGAGAAAUGUUUACAGAUAUUGCCAUGAAUAACAUGGAAGAAGGUGUUUCACCUGGACAUCCAAGUGAGAUGAACAAUGGUGUACAGCUAACAUUUAAGAACAUUGUAUAUAAAGUAACCAACAAACGUUAUAAGAAACAACAUAGUCUGACCUACAAGAUGUUCAAUCACAAAAAGAUGAAAUCCAUUGUUCCAGAGUCUGAAAAAGAAUUAACAAUUCUCCAUGGUGUAAGUGGUGUUAUUGAACGUGGAGAAUUAGUUGCAUUGAUGGGACCCUCUGGAUCAGGUAAAUCAACACUCCUUGAUAUUUUGGCCAAGCGUAAGAGUAGCGGUCAUAUAACAGGUCAAUUGUUGGUCAACGGAAAGGAAAUAGGAGAAGCCUACAAAAAUUAUUGCUCCUAUGUCACCCAAGAGGAUAUUCUACUUCCAACUGCAACAGUAGAAGAAACUCUGAGAUUCUAUGCCGAUCUUCGUUUAUCCGAUGCCUCCGACGAAUACAAACAAGAGCGUAUCAGAGCUGUCUUGGAGGACAUAGGAUUGGCAAAGAAAGCAAGUUCCAAAAUUGGUGGAAUGUUACCAGGUGGAAUCCAACUUCGUGGUCUUUCAGGUGGUGAGAAACGUCGUGUUUCAAUUGGAUGUGGUCUUGUAACUAAUCCAUCUCUAAUCUUUUUGGAUGAGCCAACUUCUGGUUUGGAUUCGGUGAAUGCCCUAGUUGUAAUGAAGACUCUAAUGAAUCUUUGUACAAAGGGUGUGACUGUUAUCUGCUCCAUACAUCAGCCAAGACCAGAGAUUUGGAGACUUUUCAACAAGGUAAUGGUAGUUGUCAAAGGUCGUAUGAUUUACAGUGGAUCCGACAUCCUCUCGUACUUUGACUCGCUUGGCUUCCCAACACCACCACACGUCAAUCCAGCUGACUUUUGUUUGGAUGCUGCCGUUGAGAUUGGAGAGAGUUCUCGUUACAUUGAGAUCUGUGAGCGAUGGCAACAACACUGGGAGACUGAAGUGAACACUGCUGCUUUGCCACCAGUCGAGGACCAACAGCCACGAAGAAUUCCAUCAUGGGCAUACCAAUAUCAAAUUUUACUCAAACGUGCAUUCCGUGAUUUCCUCCGUAAUCCCGGUAAUUUCGUAGCCAGAACCAUCACUGGUGUUAUUGUUGGUCUGUUGUUUGGUGCAUGCUUUGGAGGUCUGGGAGAAACACAAGUCGAUAUCCAGAAGAUCAUUGGUGUUAUUUUCUUUUUGAUUUCCGGUCUCAAUCUCACUCCCUAUGCUGUAAUUUCUCUUUUCUUGUCGGGUAGAGCAUUGUUCAACCAAGAGAGAGCGGCGAAAAUCUACCAUCCCAUCCCAUACUUUCUCUCGAUGCUCACUGUCGAGAAUAUAGUUGUAGUGAUUAUUGCUAUUCUUAUGGCAGGUAUUACCUAUGCAAUAAGUCACCUACGUUGGUCGGUUGGUCGAUUCUUCUUCUCGAUGCUUGUGUUCUACUUUGUCCACUUGUUCUCUGAUCUCUGUAUUAUCUUGCUUACCAAUCUAACAGGUACAAGUGACCAUACUUUUGCAAUUGGUGCCGGUUUGUCUGUGGUCUACCAGUUGUUUGCCGGUUUCUUUGUUCCAGUACAACAGCUCCCAAAGUCAUUCGCAUUCCUCCACUAUCUCAACCCUCUCUUUUAUGCAUUCGCGUCACUAAUGGUAAACGAAUUCGAAGAUCGUCCACUUGUAUGUCCACCUGAACCACAACCAUGCCAAUAUCCCAAUGGUAACGAUGUGAUCAAGGCAUUCGGUCUCGACAACUGGACAAGAGCAGACGCAUUCGGUGUUACUGUUAUGUGGACUGUUGUAUUCUUUAUUUUAAGUUAUCUAGCACUUACAUUCUUGCACAAAGAGAAACGUUAA